AUGCGACUAUUUGCACGACAUUCAGGGCGUUGUGGAUCUCUAAUACCGUUUCUGAGAUUCAAUCAUGGUCUAGUAGGGCAAUCAGGUGCGCCAGAAAUAUCAAAACUGACAGUGGUUCUGAGUGAUAAGUUAUCGAAGCAAGAUGAAGACAGUACUAUCGAUACUAGUUCGGCACCACUUUCAUCACCUAAGACCGGCCGAAAGCGAAUUGAGCAACCCAAAGCAACGCUUCCGCCUUCCCUACAGUAUGUGAGAGACCUUAUGGACCAUUAUAAAGAUCAUGUUGUUCUCACUCAGAUGGGAUCGUUCUAUGAGCUAUAUUUCGAGCAUGCUUCUCAGUACGGGCCUCAGCUGAACUUAUCGUUAACAGAGAAAAGCUACUUCUGUGGAAAAGUGCCCUUUGCGGGCUUCCCUGUGCACCAACUGAGCCGACAUUUGAAGAUUCUGGUCAAUACUCAUGGAUACAGCGUAACCAUUGCGGAACAGUUCAAACGGGAGUCUGCCGCAGAUAACGAUGUCAACAAGUUCUACAGAAGAGUUACGAGGAUAGUGACACCAGGAACCUUCAUCGAUGAAGCUUUUGAGAAUCUUCAAGAGAACACGUACCUGUUGAAUAUUGAAUUUCCGGAGAAUUGCGUGGACAGAAUAGCCGAUCCGAACUUGAAAACGGGCCUAUGUUGGUGUGACGUGUCGACCGGUGAGAUAUUUGUCCAACAGGUUCUGCUGAAGGACUUAGUUUCCUCGAUUACGAGAAUCCAGCCAAAAGAGAUUUUGCUUGAUGAUUCGCUAUUCUCUUACAAUCUUGAGUCCGGUUCCUGGUAUCCGGAGCUUGUAGAGCUUAAGAAGUACUUCCUAAAGUACCAGAAGCUUCCGACACGACAUCGAACCAUGGAUUCCUUCUAUAACCUCUUUGCUGCCACGGAGAGGGAGGAGGAUCUGAAGCUACUCACGAUUCAAUUAGGAAACUUUGGUCAAAAGGAGAUUGCUGCGCUGCGAAACAUCCUAAUUUAUGUCAGUGAACAUAUGCCCGAUUUGCCUAUGAACUUUCAAAUACCUCAAAGGCAGUUGACCGGUUCUAUUAUGCAGAUAGAUUCACGAACCGCCGCUGCCCUAGAACUGCACAGAACUGUUAGAGAUAAUAGGAAAAGAGGUACAUUACUAUCCACCAUUCGCCGUACAGUCUCGCCGGCUGGAACUCGGUUAUUGACUCAAUGGCUUUCAGGUCCCUCCCUUGAUCUAAAAGAGAUACAAGACCGUCAGAGUAUGGUUCAAUUUCUUCGAAAUAAUUCCGAAGUUAGAGAGAACGUUAUUGAAAUGCUGAAGACGGUUCACGAUAUACCGCGCAUACUGCAGAAAUUUAGCUUUGGUCGAGGAGAAGCGCUGGAGCUCAUGCAGCUUGCACGCUCAAUACAGACAGCCGUCAAGUUACGCACUUAUCUGCAAGAACAAGUAACAUCAUCAAGCAAAAAGACCAGAAAUAUAGUAUCGUCCCUCGCUGAGAGAAUAGCUUUCCAGGACGCAUUGACCAACGAGGUUAUAGAAAACUUGAAUGAAAGAAACCUUGCAGAAACGCAAAAGCAACAAGAAGAGCAAGGUGAUAAAGCUGGUGAGAUUGAAGAAAAUCCCGAAUCAAAUAUAAGCAUUUUGUCUGGUUCUGAGAUUUGGGUCGUAAAUCCAACCUACAGUGACACACUCCGGGGGUAUCACGAACAUUAUCAGACUUUGCUCAAUACAAGGGAGACCCUGCAGCAAGAUUAUCAUACAUUGUUAGUUGACACGCUGGGCGCCAAAUCCGUCACUUUGAAGCAAAAACAGACUGGCGAGUAUGCGUUACAUGUUCUCGGGACAGCAGGCAAUUUGAAGCGGAUCAAUGAUUACAUUAAAGAUGGUGAGAAAUUUCAAGAGUCCCCAUUACAUAUUUUGCAGCAAUCAACACAAACCCGAUGGUUGUCGCACAAGCGAUGGUCUGAAUUAGGCUAUCAGCUUGAAUUAGCAGUUCUCAGGAUAAAAAGUGAGGAGGAACGGAUAAUCAAUAAGUUUAAGACCGCAUUUCUAAAAAAGAGUAAUGAAAUUCGAGCUAUCUCUGACGUUUUAGCUCAUCUGGAUGUUCUAUCAUCCUUCGCAGUGCUGGCACAGGAGAAGAAUCUAACCCGUCCGAAAGUCGACCGCAGUCAUAAGCUUGAAAUCAUCGGCGGCCGUCAUAUCAUGGUUGAAGAUGGCAUCAUGAAUAGGUCGCUGGAAAAGUUCACCGAGAAUAACUGUAAACUCGAUGGAGGUAAAUUAUGGGUUAUCACAGGGCCUAACAUGGGCGGUAAGUCCACAUUCCUAAGGCAGAAUGCCAUCAUAGUGCUUCUGGCUCAAAUAGGCUCAUUUGUCCCUUGUUCAAGUGCUCAUAUUGGCUUGGUUGACAAGAUUUUUAGCCGCGUAGGCUCUGCAGACGAUCUAUACAAUGAGAUGAGCACUUUCAUGGUCGAGAUGAUCGAGACGUCUUUCAUUUUGCAAGGUGCCACGAAGAGAUCCCUGGCAAUCUUGGAUGAAAUUGGACGUGGAACUAGUGGAAAAGAAGGCGUCAGCAUCGCUUAUGCCACCUUGAACCACCUCGCCGAAGAGAAUGGCUGCAGGGCUCUAUUUGCUACACACUUCGGCCCGGAAAUUCGCGAAAUAAUGACAUCCUAUGAUAAUUCGGCUCUUGCUGAGAAGGCAUGCUUUUUCAAAAGCGGCGUUAUCGACAUCUCAGAGACCGACUUUUGUUAUGAUUACAAGUUGCGCCCGGGCAUCUGUGAAAAAUCUGAUGCUCUUAAAGUCGCUCGGACUGCAGGUUUUCCUGAGAAGGCAUUUAAUGUCGCUAAGGCUUUGCUGUCUUGA